UUCACUUCAACUAGAAUGCACUAUGACGCAGAUUGUCUCGGCUCCGGCUCAAUCAAUGAAUUAAAAAGGUAAUCACAUCGCAUAUCGUGUCCUGCCUAUGUCUACCUCCCUGUUUAUCGAGGCUCUAUAUGAUCGCCAAUCGCAGAAAUGGCUUCCACAUCAGACAACCGCAUAUCUUCUUUGACUGCGCAGUUAAAAUCUCCGCCCAAAGCUUCCAUAUAGAUCCUUGGAGCGCACAUGACGAACGAUCAAUCCAAAGCUAUCGAUUUUGACCUCUGGAUCGACUGUACGAAGGUAGUAGGAAUCAGAUCAGGGCAACUCGUGACGACCAAUGCAAGUGGCUGUCGGGCAUGGGAGAACUCCACCAAUCAGGACGGCUCCAUAUUUGAGGAGAUAGUAGCUGGUUCGCUGCGUGAAAGUCCAACUGGAAGAAGCUGGACGCUUCACAAAUCAGCAUUCUUCCCUGAUGGUAAUUUCACGGCAUUCAAAUCUCAUAUCGAACGUCUAGCACGCAGCAUCGCCUACGGCGGGUCUGUCGAGGUGGUGUUUCACGGGACAUCCGCAGAGCCAGACGCCAUGCCCGAGCAACACGACGUGCAAAUUCGAGCAGAGUGGAGCUUCGAGUGUCCUUUCACUGUUGCCGAUCAGAUCUGGAACCAGGCGGUGAUGAACGCAAUGGUUGAUCGGAAGAAGGGUAGGGUCUCACCAAGUCAAGACCCUAGGCCAGCUCAUGGGAUGUCUUCUUUCCGGAGAGCUAUCAGACAAGGUGGUAUGUCUCGGGUCGUGUUGCAGGAGCAGGAUGCGCAUGGGGUGAAGCAUUCAGUCAGGCGAUAUUCGCAGUGGGGUUGUGAUGGGUCAGCGUAAGAGUGUCUCUAUAAUUAGGAUUCACUGAAAGAAUUGCUGUCACUGUUGUUGACUAUGUAUUUGGCAAUGAUGUUGCAGUGCAUUAUUCGGUAUUAUAAGUCGGCCGCUUGUUCACCUUUGAC